AUGUCUUCUUUCACGAAGGCCGGCUUGCAGACUCUGGCGAACACCUACGAGGGUGGAUCCGCUCAGCAGUCCGAUGAGCAUGGCGCGUUCGAGUAUCUGCUUGGCAAUGGAACCCACCAGCCCGCCAUGGCUGUGAUCAAGUGGGAAAUUACCAUGAUGCUAUGCAACAUGAUCAUGGUCGUUGACCCUGGCACCCCAAAUGCCUUGUUGCUGCGUGUGAUUCUCACCCCCGAGUUCGCCUGGUUCGGUGUCCACUGGGCUGGAGCCGAGCAAUCUGUCCCCUUGGAGUCUUACCUCGCAAACCUCAUCAGCAUCAUGGACAAUCGUCCUCUUAUCGCAGAGGCCAUUCAACACAAGCAUCUCGGAUUCAAUGGGCAAUGGGAGGCACUGGUCGCAGCUUUGUCUGAACAUUUCAAUGUCAAUGCUAACGCCUCGGUGGAUCAUGGAGAGGUCUCGGAGAACAACACUUUUGAUGUUGAUGUCACCAUGGAGGAGGCUAAUAACGAUGGGUCUGAUGCCAUGUUUUUGUGUCCCAGCUUUCCGAAGGAAAUGGAGAUUGACACGGUCGAGAUUCGCCCAGCCAAACCAGCGAUGCAAAAGCUUCUGGCCGAGACGAAGCCAAUUGACACCAUGCACCCGGCGCGUCGGGCUACUCUCAAUCAUCCAUUUGAUUAUGUCUCUCCCCGCCGCACUCAUCCAUUUGACUAUGUCCCUCCCAGCCGCACUCACCCAUUCGAUUAUGGGCCUCCCCGCGCCACACACAUUGAGUCUUCCCCGAACCCUGACUACGAGGUGCCUCCCCGGCGCAACGGGCGCAUGUACCGUUAG